AUGUGAAGAGGUAGAAAAGAAGAACAUGAGACGUAAACACGCCGCCGGCGGCCGCUAAAAAGUAGCUUUAUUGUGUUUACGAUUGAGUUUCUUCCCAAUUUUCUUAUCAAAUCGUUGUGGCUUUACGGCGUGUUUUGUUCCUGGGUCCCUUGUAACUUCUUAGCCAGCAAAAUGGCGAGUGGAAUGCUGUAUGGUGGCGACGAAAUCGGUGCGCUAGUGUUCGACAUAGGCCAUCACUCUCUGCGUGUAGGUUAUGCUCAAGAAGAUUCGCCUAAAGCUGAAAUUCCUGCCGUUGUGGGCAUUGCGGAAGAUGGAAAUUCGAAUGCAGUACUUCAGACUGAUGCCAUGGAUAUUGACGACAAGAAGCCCGACAAUAACAUUACCCAGAACGGGAACAAGUACUUCAUUGAUACCACCAUCCUUCAUGUCGCAAGAAAGGGAAUGGAAGUGACAAGUUACAUGAAAGAUGGAAUGAUUGAUGAUUGGGACCUCUUUGAAAAAGUAUUGGACUAUACUUAUGCCAAAAGUAUUCAGUCAGAAUCCAUGCUUCAUCCAGUUCUUAUGUCAGAAGCUCCGUGGAAUGUGAGAUCCAAACGAGAGAAGCUGACUGAGAUAAUGUUUGAGAAGUACAACGUUCCAGCUUUUUUCCUUGUUAAAAAUGCUGUGCUUGCUGCUUUUGCAAAUGGCAGAGCGACAGCACUUGUCGUGGACAGCGGAUCAACCCACACCUCUGCUGUGCCUGUCCAAGAUGGUUUUGUUCUUACCCAGGCCAUUGUCAAGUCUCCUCUUGGUGGAGAUUUCAUUUCCAUGCAGUGCAAGCAGCAUCUUAUGGAUUCUGAUAUAGAUCUGACUCCUUCUUAUAUGAUUGCCAGUAAAGAGGCUGUGAAAGAGCGUGAAAAACCCAGAUAUGUGAAGAAGAAAGUUAUUCCUGAAGUGACUCAGUCAUGGCAUAACUAUAUGACAAAAAAGGUGGUUCAAGAUUUCCAAAUCAGCGUUCUUCAAGUGUCUGAAACACCGUAUGAUGAAAAAUCAGUCUCCUCCAUUCCUUCAGUGCACUAUGAGUUCCCAUCUGGCUAUCAUCAGGACUUUGUCAACGAGCGCUUCCUCAUUCCUGAGGCUCUCUUUGACCCCAGUAUUGUGCCAAUGCGAGGAGGUGUUGUGGGCAACACCAUGCUUGGUGUGGGACACAUUGUUACAACAAGUGUUGGCAUGUGUGAUGUUGAUGUAAGGCCUGCAUUAUAUGGGAGUGUGGUCGUUACUGGUGGAAAUUCAUUCAUCCAAGGAUUCCCUGAGCGUUUGAACAGAGAUUUGUCCAUGCGCAUACCAUCAAGUAUGAGGUUGAAGAUGAUCAGUGCCAAUGGAUGCAGCGAGCGUCGGUUUGGUGCCUGGAUUGGUGGAUCAAUUCUUGCAUCCAUUGGAACCUUCCAGCAAAUGUGGAUAUCAAGCCAAGAGUAUGAAGAAGGUGGAAAAGGACAGGUUGAUAGAAAAUGUCCAUAGACAACUAGCUAAUAAGUUUGUGUAAGGCUUAACUCUUAAGAUUUUACCAAAAUAUUAAUUUUUCUCAUAUUUCUACUUCAAUAUUCAACUGUUUAGAGGAUUUUUUUCUGACAUGAGUGUAUUUGGUACUCAAAAAGAAUUUAUAGCAUUGUAAAACAUCAGUUCUAACUGUGAAUAAGCAUACAAAAAAAUUGUAGGAAGAUUUUCAUUGAUUGAAAUGUGAUUGCUUUCUAUUGUAGGUUGCAUUGUGAUUUUUUCUUCUUUUGAAAUAAUUUUAUAUGAUAAUAUCAUGGAGGUCAUAAUUGUAAGUAAUUAUGUGUUGAUUCAAAGUAGGUAUGGCUAGUUGGAAUCAGAUCAGGUUGGUUUACAGUAUUAUGGACUGUGGCUGCCAUAACAAAAAUUUGUCUUGUUAUUGAUAUUGUUAUUCUGUCCCCUUAAAGGGUCUGAUAAUGAACUAGCUUGCCACAUUUUAAAUGACUAUGGUUACAUUGAAUGAUUAAGUCACUUUUUCAUUCAUCAUCCUGUACCUAUGAGGGAGAGCUCCCUGCAUCACAGAUUUCUGUGUCUAAAUUAUUUGGAUGUUGUGAUCUGUGAAAUAGAUAUGGCUUAGAUGUAGGUAAUUUAGUCAACAUGUUCUGUGUAUCACCUGGAACAAAUUUGUCUGGGCAUAUGAAGUUGUACAUAUAUAAAAUUAAAAAACAUACUAUAUUUAA